CGCGAAGAUGGUGCAACAGUCGAUUUUGUCAUUCUUCUCUGCACCAAAGGCCAAGAAACCAGCUGCAGAAGCCGACAAAAAAUCCAAAGAUGAUAAAAAGAAAGAAUCGUCAGAGGUGGAAGACUCACCAGUCAAACGCACACCUCGACGCAAGACAGCUGUAAUUGAAAGUGACAGUGAGGAUGAAGAUGUCCCAUCUACAAGUAGCCCAUCCAGCAAGUCAGAUGAAGAGAAAGAGAACAAAUCAAAGGAAACCCCAAAGAAAACCAGUGAAAAUUGUGAUGAAGAUGAUAGUGACGAGAAAGCUGAGAAAGACUCCUCUUCAAAAGCCAAGAAGACGCCAAAGGAGAAGAAGGACAACAGAAAGGCCAAGGGAAAGAAAAGCACCCCUGCCAAAGAGAACAAGACCCCAGUGAAAGAGGAGAAAGAAGACGCAGAGAAAAUGGAGGUAGAAAAUGACGAAAAGGAGACGUCUGAAGCAUCCAGCUUCAAAACCCCAAAGAAAUCAGACAAACCAAAAACAAGAGCCUCGCCUGGAUUUACUCCUGAUACAGUUCCCCCUCUUCGUAAAACUGCAAGGAAACAGAUGAAGCGAAAAAGUGAUAGUAUGGAAGAAAAGCAGAAAGAGAUAGUCAAGAAAAUCAAGGUAGAAGAAAAAGAAAAGGAAGAGGCAGAGGCUAUGCAGGAGGAAGAGGAAGAUGAGGAGUCUGAGAAGGACAAAAAAGCUGAUGUUGGAAAGGCCAACAUAAAGGAAGAAGGGAAAAAGCAAAAGGAGGAGGAAGAUGAGGAAGAAGAGAUGGAUGUGGAUGAUUCAAAGGAGAAAGAGACAGCUGAGAAAAAGAAACCAACUUCAAUCCAUAGCUUCUUUUCACCAAGAUCCUCCAAGUCUACCCCAGCAAGUACAAGUGUUAAGAAAGAAAAAGAGAUAAAGAAAGAGAAGAAAAGCCCAGGCAGUCCAAAAGCCAAAAAGGAAACCAAAUCCCCUCGGCAAAAGAAUGCUAAGAAAUCCCCCAAGAGCUCUUCAGACGAUAAAGAUUCCUCUGAUGACAAAAAGAAAUCCCCCAAGAGUUCUUCAGAUGAUAAGGAUUCUUCUGAGGACAAAAAGAAAUCCCCCAAAGAAGAGCGAAAGGAUGAUAAGGAUUCUUCUGAGGACAAAAAGAAAUCCCCCAAAGAAGAGGAAAAGGAUGAUAAGGAUUCCUCUGGAGAUGAAAAGAAGUCCCCCAAAAAAGAGACUGCAGAGAAAAGUGAAGAUAAGACAAAGGACAGCCCAGCUACCGAGAAGAAGGUAGUGAGAAACCCGUUUGCCCCUAAGGCCCCCGGUGCAAAGGAUCCUGGGGCGGAUUACAAUCCCUCCAAAAGCAAAUACAAUCCCAUCAGUGAUGCCUUCUGGAACCAUGGUGAAAAGACACCAUAUCUAGCUUUAGCCAAAACUAUGGAAUUGAUUGAAAGCACAAGUGGCCGCUUGAAAACCAUUGAGAUGUUGGCUAAUUUCUUCAGAUCUGUCAUAGUUUUGUCUCCAGAUGACUUAUUACAGUGUGUCUAUCUAUGCCUCAAUAAAGUAGCACCUGCAUUUGAAGGUACUGAGUUGGGCAUAGGAGAAACGAUUCUCAUGCGUGCAAUAGCCCAAGCUUCGGGACGUAGUGUUGACAAAAUAAAACAGGAUGCUGAGCAGAAGGGUGACCUUGGAAUAGUUGCUGAACAAUCACGGUCAACUCAGAGAAUCAUGUUCCAACCAGCAAAGUUGACCGUAAAGGCUGUUUUUGACAAGCUGAAAGAAAUUGCAUCCAUGUCUGGCAAUGACGUCCAAAGUAAAAAGAUUGACAAAAUCAAAGGAAUGUUUGUCGCCUGUCGGUUUUCUGAAGCCCGUUAUCUAAUCCGAUCUCUGAGUGGGAAAUUGCGCAUAGGUUUAGCUGAGCAGUCUGUGCUUCAGGCCAUAGCCCAGGCUAGCUUCCUCACUCCUCCAGGCCAAGACUACCCACCGGAAAUCACUGAUGCAGGGAAGGGAAUGAACCCAGAAAAGCUGAAGGCCAAAUUUGAUGAAUAUGGCAUGAUAGUGAAGACAACCUAUUGUGAAUUCCCAUCAUAUGACAAAAUCAUACCAGUUCUCCUGACAAAAGGCCUAGAGGAACUUCCCAAGCAUUGUACACUGACACCUGGAAUUCCAUUGAAACCCAUGUUGGCCCAUCCCACUUCCGGGGUGUCUGAAGUCCUGAAGAGGUUUGAAAAUGCCAAAUUCACCUGUGAGUUCAAGUAUGAUGGAGAGAGAGCACAGAUUCAUUUGAAGGAAGAUGGUACAGUUAACAUAUACAGUAGGAACCAAGAAAACAACACAACCAAGUACCCUGACAUCAUAUCGCGGUUGAAGAAUGCCCUCGGAGAAGAUGUCAAAUCGUGUGUGAUUGACUCAGAGGCUGUGGCUUGGGAUCAGGAGAAAAAGCAAAUCUUGCCUUUCCAAGUACUGAGUACAAGAAAGAGAAAGGAUGCAAAUGAGAAGGACAUCAAAGUACAAGUUUGUGUGUUUCCAUUUGACUUGCUCUACUUCAAUGGCGAGUCACUGGUCAAAAAGUCGUUUGAGGAACGCCGUGCCUUGCUGCGAGACAACUUCAAAGAAGUGGAAGGAGAGUUUGUUUUUGCUAAAAGUAUGGAUUCCACAAAUACUGAAGAUAUUGAGGAAUUUCUGGAGGAAUCAAUUAAAGGAAACUGUGAAGGUCUGAUGGUGAAAACAUUGGAUGUAGAUGCCACUUACGAAAUAGCAAAACGAUCACACAACUGGCUGAAGCUGAAGAAAGACUACCUUGAUGGGGUUGGUGAUACCAUUGAUGUGGUGGUCAUUGGCGGCUACACAGGACGAGGCAAGCGCACAGGACAGUAUGGAGGGUUCCUCUUGGCUUGCUAUGAUCCAGAGAAUGAAGAAUUUCAGUCUUUGUGCAAAAUUGGUACUGGUUUCACAGAAGAAGACUUACAGAAACACACUACCUUCUUCAAGGAGCACAUUAUAGAAAAGCCAAAAUCUUAUUUCAGAUAUGAAAACAGUGUUGCUCCUGACCAUUGGUUUGAGCCUGUGCAGGUCUGGGAGAUCAAAUGUGCAGACCUUUCCAUUUCUCCUGUACACAAAGCAGCGGCAGGAAUAGUUGAUCCAGAGAAGGGCAUUUCUCUCAGAUUCCCAAGAUUCCUCAGAAUUCGGGAUGAUAAAAAGCCAGAAGAGGCCACCAGUGCAUCACAGAUUGCAGACUUGUACAAUAGCCAAGACCAGAUCAAGAACAAGAAGGAUUCUGGGAACAGUAAUAUUGAAGAUUUUUAUUAAAGAAUGGGAUUUCCUGGUUAUAAGAAUUAUUUUUUGGGUUUCAUCAAAGUAUUUAAAAGGAUUAAUAAUAUAAAUUAGGGAGAUAAUUGUAUAUUUAGAGUAUUUUUUUUUAUUAUGUGUAAAGAUUUAUGGUAUUAGCUUAUUAACAAGUCAAGGUAUGAAUUGCAAUUUUGGUAUUUGAUCUUGUUUGCUUGUAUUUUACUUUCCUUGGUUCCAAAGAAAUGUAAAUAGGUAUUGGUUUAACUUCUAGAUCUUUAUAUAUAGUACAAACUUUGUCCAAAUCCUGGUGAAUUUUAACUAGUUGUACAUUCCUGUUUUAACUUGCUUAUUUUGUUAUGGCAAAUUUAUCUAAGAAGAAAUGUUUUUUGAACUCUUUUAUGUAAUUGUUAUUCUACGUUUGUGACUUUGGAAUAUGCUAGUUAUUUCUGUUAUUCAGUUACUGAUUUAGUUAUUGUCAUUAUUCAUACAUUCUGAAAAGAUUUCUAUGUCAGUGUUGUAAUAAGAAUAUUAGGUCUAAGUGU